AUGCCUCGCCUCGCGCUACUGACCUUAAUAGUGCUCGCCGCCGGCCUCGGCAAUAAUGAAGACGAGCCGCACCUCGAUAGUAGUAUCACGAGCCGCGACGCGCUCGCGCAGGCCGGCAUUCGACUCUUGGGCAAUCCAAAUGAAGCGCAGCAGCGGAAAGGCAUCAGCUACUUCGAGCGCGCGCUCGCGGACUGGGCGACGCCGCGGCCCUACUCCAUGGACGAGGCCCAGGGCCGCAUGUUGGCCAUGUGGACGGGGCGAUGGUAUCAUGAAAGGGGCGAGUACGAAAGUGCAAGGCGCUUCAUCGAUUUGGCGGCGACGUCGCGCCUGCCGGGCGACUGCGCCGCAUUGCAAAAGGCGACGCUGCGGAACGCGCUCGCGGCCCACGCCUCGACUCCUCAAGCGGCCGAGGCCUGGCUGAAGGACGGCCGGGCUUUGACUCAUUCAUUGCUGCGGAGAGAUCUUGAUCUAAGAGGCGUCCAGGACCCGGCGAACGACCACUAUGUCUACUGUUUGUUAUCGUCCUUCUACCUCGAAACUUUGUAUGAGGCGGACUGGCGCGCAAGUGCACGCGACCACUACGAGCUCGCGGUGAAAGCUUGGCCCCAACUCAAGUAUACGAAUUAUAAAAGGGAGCCACCUCGUAAAAUUCUCAGAGUCGGCGUCGUGUCCGCGUUUCUGCAUGUCUCCAACAGCGUCAUGCGCGACUUUGGCGGGACACUGGCACGACUACCUUCAGAUAAAUUCGCUCUCUACUUAAUUUAUCUGAGUGAACAAGGUCUGCCCGUCUCGCCGGCGUGUAAGACGUGGGCCGCGACGGCACGUAUCGAAGAGGUCUAUAAUGAGAAAACUUUAGUGGAUGGUGUGCCGACGUGGCUCGCUACUACCAGAACCAAAAUUGUAGCGAUGGAGUUAGAUCUCAUACUUUAUCUGGAUCUCACGAUGUCGACGAUGGCGCACCGACUGGCCAUGUCGCGGCUGGCACCCGUACAAGUCACGAGCCACGGCCACCCCGUGACGUCCGGUAUACAGACGAUAGACUACUACGUGUCCUGGGCUGCUGCCGAGGUUGAGUCGUCUGCUGACCAUUACACGGAGGAGUUAGUACUGCUACCUUCGUCCGAUAUGCACCAGUACCACGACCCCGUCCUUAUUAAUGGUAUGUCUACGGUAACUCAUCAUAAAGUACCAAACGGUUCGCGGGAGGCGCUGUUUCCCUCGAUCACUGGUAGAAGAUGGUACGUGUGUAUGCAAAAACCCUUCAAGCUGCACGCGCGAUUUGGCGAUAUGCUGCGGAAAGUACUGGACGCGGACCCCGAGGGUGUCAUCAUAUUGCACGCCGGAGCGGAUCGGGACUGGGGCCUGGAUUCUGAUAGGGUCGUCUUCCUGGAUCCGCUGCCGCACCAUGAACUACUAGCCUUGUACCGCGAGGCGGACGUUGUGCUAGAUUCGUAUUAUGCGGGGGGUUGUACUACUACGAGGGAAGCCUUCGAGAUGGGCGCCGUUGUGGUUACUCUGCCGGCGAAAUAUUUGGGUGGUAGGUGGACGCUCGCCUUUUAUCAGAUCUUAGGUAUAAAGGAGGCCAUAGCAACAGACGAGGCCGACUACGCGCGCCUCGCGGCGUUGAUUGGACGUGAUGAUGAUCUGCGGGAUUCUAUCAAAGCUAAAAUUGCCGCGAACCUCCACAAGAUGUGGCGGUCUACGAGAGCGGUGGACCACUGGACCGACGUGCUGCUGCGCCUCGGUCGGCGCGACCGGUCCGAACUCUAA